AUCGAUUACGCUGGUGCACCUAGACGCUACGAAGCUCGAAUCGCCCAUGUGCUCAUCAGCCCGGAGUCAGGCGCAUAGUGCCUUCCAGCAAGGAGCAGCCGCCGUCAUCUUCGACAUAAGCAGUGCACCGGAAAUGGCCAGCGAGCUGUUCACCGGGCAGCGGCAGCCGCAGCUGCCCCGGCCCGUGCUCGUCAUGGCCGACCCGGACGUGCAGAGGCUGGCCGAUGCCAUGCGGCCCGAGGUCAACAUCAGCGCCCGGGUCACGCGCAACCGCGCCUUCACAUACUUCGACAUCGCGCUCUUUGUCGUGUUCUUCCUGCUCAUCUGCCUGCUGAGCGGCGUGGUGCUGUACAAGAUCCGCAACCGGCGACAGCGGGACCCAGCGCUGCGGGUGGCCAAGUCGGUGCUGCACCAGAUCCCGACGCGUCGGUACGGCGGCGGGGACGGCGUCGGGGGCGGGUGCCAGGCGGCGCGGCUGGGCCGAUCCGGCUGCUGCUCCGGCUCCUCCCCCGAGCCUUCCGACGGCCACAAGCCGCGACUAGAGGAGCCCGAGGGCUGCACCAUCUGCCUGGACGAGUAUCGACCGGGCCAAGAGCUGCGCGUGCUGCCUUGUCGGCACGAGUUCCACCGCGGCUGCGUCGACCCCUGGCUGGUCAGCCGGCGCACCUGUCCACUCUGCACGUACAACAUUGUCGAACCGGUGCCGAGCGUCUGA